AUGGACACUUUAGCCGAGACCUCAUGGGACGUGGUCAUCGCAGGAACAGGGCUGGCUCAAUCCCUUUUGGCCUUAUCCCUCUCUCGGUCGGGAAAGAAGAUUCUACACUUGGACCAGAACCCAUACUAUGGAGGAUCCGAGGCAGCCUUUAGUCUGGAUGAGGCUCAGGAGUGGGUGAACAGUGUCAACCAACGUGGGUUGCCGCCGAAUCCUGGCCAGUCUCCAUUCGAAGAUGCCCAGGUUUUCACUUACCCUCAAGGCCCUCCCCUACCUACCUCCCAGCCUAGCUCCGAAGGCGGCGAUCGCCUAUCGGGCACAUCGGACCUUCGCCCCAAGCUGGCUGCGAGUCGCGCCUACACAUUCUCUCUUUCCCCACACUUCCUCUACACCCGCUCCCAACUAAUCUCUGUCCUAAUCUCUUCCAAGGUCUACCGUCAGCUGGAGUUCAUGGCCGUAGGAAGCUGGUGGAUUCACUCUGAGGAUGCCGAUGCCAAGGAUAGUGGACUCGGAGCCACACAGAGUUUUCAUCGGGUGCCGGGUAACCGUGAGGAUAUCUUCGCUGAUACUCAAAUCAGUAUGAAAUCCAAAAGAAGUCUGAUGCGCUUCUUGCGACACAUCGGCAAAACGGAAGAUGCAGAAUCCGGAGAGGUGGAAGAAGACUUGUCGGCGCCUUUCGGAGAUUAUAUUUCCUCCAAGUUUGGUGUUCCAGAGGACCUUCAAAAUCCUCUACUCUCGCUAUCGCUAUCCCAGAGGACCCUGGAGAACACCUCGGCCAGCUAUGCCGUUCCUCGAAUCAAGAGACACCUUGCAUCUAUUGGUGCUUUAGGUCCGGGAUUCGGAGGAGUCAUUUCCAAAUAUGGAGGAGGCUCAGAGAUUCUUCAGGUCGCUUGCCGAGCCUCUGCGGUGGGUGGAGGCGUUUAUGCUCUCGACACUGGGAUUAAGUCUAUCACCGAUAAUGAGUCGGACGAGGAUUAUCCUGUAGAGCUGCAACUCUCCAACGGUGAGUCAGUUCGGACUAAGGUUGCGAUCGGUUCUGUAUGGGAUCUCUACCCUACGCAGGAUCGAUCGCUGUCUUGUGCCAAAUUUACACGGUCAAUCACUGUGGUCGCUUCUGAAUUCACAUCCCUCUUCCCCGUCACGGUGGAGGGAGCUCCUGUUCCCGCUAGUGCUAUCCUGAUGUUCCCAGGGGAGACACUGAACAGUCCACAGUCGCCGCCAGUAUAUCUCCAGGUCCACUCGAGUGACACCGGCGACUGUCCACGUCUGCAGAUUAUCAUUUAUGGCAGUGUAUCAGUGACAGGACCAGAAGGCCAACUUCUUCUGGACCGCGCCGUGGACCGCCUCAUCCGGGCCGAGGGGCCCCGAGCUGCUGUGCUUUGGUCCAUACGAUACACCCAGCAAGGUCGUCUCAGUAACGAUGGCUCAUCCCCUACCAUACAGACUCACUCGCCUCAUGUUUACAGCUUCCCACCUCCUAGCCUGGAUCUAGCUUUUGAGGACGAGAAUAUUGACAUGGUCAAGCAGGCGUGGCUGAAGGUCGCGGGAGACGAAGACCCUGAUGAUUUUAUGAUCUUUGACGAUCGCGAGGGCACUGACGAUUGA